AUGACAAAGGAUUCACCCACCCCCUUGGGUGGUGGCCGCGCGUCGCCCAAGAAGCCAGGAAGCCCCGGCCCAGCGGCAGCAGUGCUGGAAGAGCAGAGGCGAGAGCUAGAGAAACUGCGGGCAGAGCUGGAGGCCGAGCGCGCGCGCGGCCGGGCGGAACGGCGGCGUUUCGCGACUCAGGCGCGCCAGCUGCGGGAGUCGGCCGAGCAGGAGCGGCAGCAGCUGGCUGACCAUCUGCGCUCCAAGUGGGAGGCACGACGCCUCCGGGAGUUGCGGCAGCUGCAGGAGGAGGUGCAGCGCGAGCGUGAGGCUGAGAUCCGGCAGCUGCUGCGCUGGAAGGAGGCAGAGCUUCGGCAGCUGCAGCAGCUGCUGCACCAGGAGCGUGAUGGUGUAGUGCGCCAGGCUCGGGAGCUACAGCGCCAGCUGGCCCAGGAGCUGGUGAACCGCGGUUACUGCGGCCGCUCGGGGGCGUCCGAAGCCUCCGCGGCUCAAUGCCGCUGUCGCUUGCAGGAAGUGCUGGCGCUGCUGCGCUGGGAGACCGAUGGCGAGCAAGCCGCGCGCAUCCGCCACCUGCAGGCGGCGCUGGACUCGGAGCGCCAGCUCUUUCUUAAAUACAUCCUAGAGCACUUCCGCUGGCAGCCCGCUUUACCGGAACCCGCAGACCCCCAAGCCGCGCAUUCCUUGGAAGAGCCACCCCUAAAAGCCCAGAGCAACACUUAUGACACCCCAAAGCCUGCUCGUCGACUCGGAUCCCUCGAAAGCCUGAGCACUGGCGUCCGGGUUAGCUCUCCAAACGAACCGCUGCCCACGCGCUCCAGCUCCCUCGAAUCCUUGACAACAGCACAUUCCUGCUCACUAAGUUGUCCCCGGGCUUCCGAAUCCGAGAUAGGGGGCUCUUCAACCAGCGCCCCCAUCCCAGGCACCCCCAGUCCCCAUCCGCCGCCUCAGCUACCAUCAAUACAUAGAAAAACGAGUGAGCUGCAGGAAGAAAGCUCCGAGAACAAGCCCUGCGAAGCCCUGACCCCCUCGCCGUCGGGUCAGGACUACCACGAACUGGUGAGGCAGAACUCGGAGUUGGCGGAGGCAUUGCAGGUACUUGUUCGCCGCUGCUGUGUCCUGCGCGAAGAGAAUUUGCAGCUGCGGCGCUCGUGCUUCUCCGAUGAGACCGAUGAGAAAGUGAAGUGGCUGAAGGUGAAGCACGCAGAGCUGACCGAUCUUGCUCAGCGCCUUGAAGACAGGGUCCGCAAGCUGCUGGAGACCAACCUUCUGGCCGUGAGCGCUCCUGUGCCGGGUGAAAGCCUCGAGGGACUGAACGUGGGCCAAGUGUUUACCCGUCAGUGCACUCAGGACCUGUCAGAACAGGCUGGCGCGCUGCAAGCCAAGGACCUGCAGAUCGAAGCACUUAGGCGGGAGUGCCACCUGCUGCAGGCGCACAUCGCCACGGACUUCGGCAGUUCCCCGCUUCCUGGAGAGGGCGCCACCUGCGCGCAAUGGUGCAGCAUCAAUGACUUGGACCGACUGCAGCGUGAGUCUCAGCGGGAAGUGUUGCGCCUGCAAAGACAGUUGACUCUACAUCAGAGUAAAGCCGGCGCCCGGGCUGAAGCAAGCAGCCUCAGCUCACCCUCCGAGACAGCGCAACACCAAGUGCAGGCUCUGGAGAGGGAACUGGGUGCACAGCGGCGGGAAUGCGAGGAGCUGAGCGCUCAGGCAGCCGCCGCAGAGCGGCGAUAUGAGGAAGCAGAGGCACAACUGCAAGCUGCGCUGCAUAAGGGCGCCAGGCUGUCAGAGGAGAACGCGCAGCUGCAGGCCCUGGCCAAAUGGGUGAAGAAGAUAGCAGAUGAGAACAGCAAUGUUCCCCAGCAGCAAAGCCACGCGAGGCAGCGGCAGGAACUCGAAGAUACUGGCCUGCUGGCUGAGCAGCUGCUGCAACAAGUGGGAUGUGUGCAAGACAGGUGGCAGCAGAUGCAGUACUACCAAAAUAAAGCCCCGAGUGACCUCCAGGCUUCCGGGAGAGAGAUGCAGGACUUGCAGUGUCAGUCUGACCACCCCCCGGAGACAUUGGAGACCACCCAAGCCUCAGAGUCCCAAGCCAGGGGUAGCAGGAAGCCCAAGAUCAAGCCAAAGUCUGAAGAACAUGCAUUGCCACUGCCUACCAGGGACAUACAACCUCCCGUUUGUCUCUCCCAGCAGAACUCAGUUACCCUUGAGGAGUCAGCUGGUAUCCCCCAAGUAUCAGACAAAAAUCCUACCAGUCAACCACUGGACUCCAGGUCCCAAGCCAAGAAAACCAGUUCACACUCAAGUUCCUCCUCUGAGGUGGAGUCCAUGUGGGCUACAGUGCCAUCCUGCCUUUCUCUGGACAUGGACACAGCAAGUGACGUAGAUGAUUUAGAACCAGACAGUGUGUCCACUCCCCUGGAAACAAGGAGCUCUGAGGCUCACACCACUCCCAAGCUCAAGAUCUUCUUGGCUAAAUAUAGCUACAGUCCACCUGAAAGGUCUAACAAGCAUUCCCAAGUCCAGCUCCCUCUCACAGCCGGGGAUUAUGUAUAUGUCUUUGGGGACAUGGAUGAGGAUGGUUUCUAUGAAGGGGAGCUUGUGAGUGGGCAGCGAGGGCUAGUGUCCUCCAACUUAGUGGAGCAGAUUUCAGGAAGCCCUACCCUGAACCACCUAUUUUCCGAGUCCCCUGAAGUUGGUCCCACUGCACUUCCAGCUGAGCAUAGCAAAGCCUUGAAGAAAGACAGCUUAUUACUUGGGGAAGUUCAGGGAUCAGUGGAGAGAGGCCUAUGCCAGGUGGGAAGGGCAGACUCUAAGACAGAUAAGGGAGUAGAGGUUUUAGAGACCGAGACAGAAGCCUGCUGGCUGGGCAUGAAACCAAGUAUGGAGGAGCGGAGUUUCUCCAGACCCCUUCUGGAGGCUAAAGGAGUGUUCUGUCUGGCCCCCAUGCAACUGCAGCUGCAGAACGUCACAGCUACCUCUGCCACGAUUACAUGGGCCUCUGGCAGCAAUAGAUACCCCCAUGUGGUAUACCUGGAAGAUGAAGAGCAUACCCUAACUCCCUCAGGUGUGAGCUGCUACACCUUCCAAGGCCUACGUCCUGGCACACGGUACCGGGUGAGGGUGGGGGUGCAGCUCCCUAGGGACCUGCUGCAGGUGCUAUGGGAAACAAUGUCCUCCACUGUCACUUUUGAUACACCUUUAGCGGGACCCCCUGACCCUCCUCUGGAUGUGCUGGUGGAGCACCAUGCCUCUCCAGGUUUCCUGGUGGUCAGUUGGCUCCCUGUGACCAUUGACUCGGCUGGGUCCUCCAAUGGAGUGCAGGUCACUGGCUAUGCUGUGUAUGUGGAUGGGUUUAAGGUGACGGAAGUUGCUGAUGCCACCGCUGGAAACACCCUGCUGGAAUUUUCCCAGCUUCAGGUUCCCCUAGCAUGCCAGAAGGUUUCAGUGAGAACCAUGUCACUCUACGGUGAGUCCCUGGAUUCCGUGCCAGCCCAGAUUCCUGAGGACUGUUUCUCUUGUUCCCCAUUCCUAGAGACUCCUCCCUUCAGCUACACAGAUGGUGACCCUUCUACCUGCAGAGUUGCUUUCCCUGUCUGUCAUAAGAAGCUGGUACAAGCUUCUCCGAGUACCAAGCCCAGCUGCCAUAGCCCCGGAAGCUGUGGGGAGCCUCAGGAUGAGUUUCUAGACGCAUUCUCUGAAGAACCUCCAAGGAAGCAUUCACCAGUAUCCAACUUGAGCUCAGAAGGGGCAGACAACCCAGUCCAGGGGCCCACAGAGGCCUGGAAGGACUAUGAAAAUGGCCUGUCUUUUCAGGAGAGUCCCAAGAACCCCAAGCCACUUCUGCUCUUUGGCAAGUCUGGGCUGGAAGACGGCGGCCACUUCCCACACAUGUGCAUCGGUGGAAGUCCUGCUCCAGGGUUCACCCAUCUCUCCCCAGAGACUGGACCCAGGAAAGUACCGUGUCGGGAGAAGCCUGGCCUUGAGAAAGCCCUUCUUCAGAAGCAGUAUGCCCAGAUGCUCCCACCUCACCAGCAAGGCGCCAGCCAAUGCCUGGCAACUGAUUUGCAUCACGUUUUGGAGGAUAAGGAGGCUGUGUGUUUGGAUUCUGAGUGCACAGAGAAGCUAGAGCAAAGAAAGAACAAGUUCCAAAGUGGACAAAGGCAGGAGACUCCAGGAGGCAAGAAGGAGUGCCAGUUUCAUGAGCCUACCUCAGCGCUGUGCCCAGUGCCAACCAACAAAGUCAUUAAGAUGGCAAGUGGUGGCCCUGAGACAGAAGCUAAUAGUCCAGUCAGGGUCUUUGUGGCCCUCUUUGACCAUAGCCCCCUGGUGAUGUCUGUCAACUCCAAGGCUUCAGAGGAGGAACUGGUAUUCCGGAAAGGGCAGUUGCUGAGAGUGUGGGGUUCACGGGAUCCUCAUGGCUUCUACCAUGGAGAGUGCAAUGGACAAGUGGGCAAAAUCCCUGGACAUCUGGUAGUUGAGGUGGAGGUGGGCACAGGGCAGACUAACAAGAGGUGGGUUUUGCCAGCCCAAGGGCAUCUGCGUUCUGAGACUCAGCAUGAAGACUUGGAGGGUCUAACCAACUCCCAGGGAUCUUUUAUGCCUCAAGGGAAUCCCAGAAUACCCACUCUGUGGACCCCAAAGACAAUGGUGGCAGCUCUGGACUAUGACCCCAGGGAUGGGAGAGCAGGGGUCCGGGCAAAGGGUAAGCUGGUGCUGAGGGCUGGAGAUGUGGUCACAGUUUAUGGGCCUGUGGAUGAUAAGGGUUUCUACUAUGGUGAGUAUGGUGGACACAGGGGCCUGGUCCCAGCCCAUCUGCUGGAUGACUUACCUGUCUAUGGAGAGUAAGCAGGACUCCUUUGUAGGGCGGUAGCCUCUGACUGCCCACACCCCUUGGAAGGAGAAGCAAGCACGUGCACCUUCACACAACACCCCUCCUCGCCAGCCACCUUAAGCAACACUGGCUCCAGGCGACAUCACCUGAAAUUGAGAACAGUCCUCAGAUAGCCUUCUAGUGUCCAACAGAGGC